AUGUGCCACCAAAAGGCGGUGAUCAAAAAUGCCGAAGCAUUGGAGGAGAUGCCACAGGACUCUGUGGAAUGUGCUAUUCAGGCUUUGGAGAAAUAUAACAUAGAGAAGGACAUUUCGACCCAUAUGAAAAAGGAGUGUAACAACAAGUCCAACUCCUUAGAGGGGAGGAACUUUGGAAGUUACCUGACACAUAAAACCGAGCACUUCAUCUACUUCUACCUGGGCCAAGUGAUCAUUCUACUAUUCAAAUCUGGUUAA